UGUGCGUGAUCACACGCUUGGGUAAAAUGGCUAUGUCUCGCGGAGCCUCGUGCUGGUUUGAUCGGUUUCUCGCUAGCGCUCUCGUUUUGUAGAGGCCCCCCUCCACACUUACAUACACACGUUUGUGUCGCUUAAAUUCAUUCCCGGGACCUUUAUUUAUAUUGUCCAAGAAAGUUUUCAUACUUGGGUCGCGUUCGGGAAAGCAGACCGAGUGCGGUCUGAAAGUCGAGGGAAUGAUACGGGACACGGGCACGUCUUUAUAAGAACCUUGUAUUUAUAUUCAAAGUGACUCGCGGUGAAAGAGAGGGAGAGAGAGGGAGAUCAUGGCCGCUCAGGUCGCCACUCUCAACACUAGCCCGUCCGUCGAACUCAAAAAGCCGGACCGGGAGCCGAAGGACGAGUCGGUGUUAGGAGAUAAGCAGUCGGAAAAUAAGGAGCUACGCGGCGACGGUGGAUCCCCGGGCCAGAAGGAGCUGCACGACGGGGCCGAUGUGGGAAAUGCUGCCGGGGGAGGAGGAGCAGCAGCCGACCCUGACAUGAAGAACGGCAACGGCAACCCGUCCAGGGCGAACAAUAACCAGAAUGAUUCUGGCGGACACGAAGGGAACAGCCACCCCGGGAUGGCUCACCACCACCCGGGCGCUUUCCCUCCACCCCCAUACGGUUAUAACCAGCACUACAACCGGGGCCCUUUUCAUCAACAUGGCGGACAACAAAGCCCUAGCAUGGCUGGGCCGGCGGUGAUGGACCCAUACCCGCCCAAUUCACAUGAGCACGGCUACCCGAACCACUUUAACAACUACAGCGCCUUUCCGAACCGGACUCCGUACCACCAGGGCCAAGGAUAUGGCAUGAAUUCCCCGCGAAACAGCCAGCCGCCGGCGUCCGGGGGGCAGCCGGGAAAGCAGCAGCCGCCGCCAGGAGGAACUAACGUUACGCCGAUGGUUGCUUCCUAUAAUAAUCCGAGGUAUAACGUGGGCACCCCUCAGCCCACAUCCACCCCUACUUUAAACCAGCUCCUUACCUCUCCUAGCUCCGCAAGGAGCUACCAAAACUACCCACCCAGUGAUUACAGCGGUCAGGAAGGGGCUGCUAAGGGACCGGGGGAUAUGGGCAGCGGUAGUCAGUAUAGUGGGGGCCACUCGGGCUGGCAACAAAGAAGCCAUCACCCUCCUCCCGUGAGCCCGGGAAACACCGGACAAGCCAUCAACAGAACCCAGCCGCCAGGCCCCAUGGACCAGGUCGGAAAGAUUAGAGGGCAGCACUAUGGUUCAGGAAACCCCUACUCUCAGCAGCAGGGUCCUCCCCCUGGCUCCCAGCAAGGACCUCCCUACUCAGGACAGGGUUAUGGACCUCCAGGGCCCCAAAGGUACCCUAUGGGCAUGCAGGUGCGAACUCCUGGAGGCAUGAGCGGAGUGCAGUAUGGACAGCAGAUGAGCUAUGGACAACAUGGACCAAGUGGUUAUAGUCACAAUCAAGCGGGUUACUAUGGGCAGCAGGGCCCUUCUUCCCAUGGAGGCCAACAGCAGUCUCCGUACCCCCAACAGCCCCCCACUGGACAAGGCUCCCAGCCUCCCUUUACCCAGCAACCCCCUGGUCCUACUCCUGGUCAAGGUGGGCCUCCCUACGGUCAGCCUCAGGGCCAACCUUCAUAUUCCCAGACUCCACAAUCAAGCCAGUCACCCUAUCCCCAAUCCCAGGGUCCUCCUCAGUCACAGAGUGCUUCUCAGGGCCAGCAAGGGCCACAGUCACAGCCUGGAUACUCUCAACCACCUUCCGGUCCAGGGCAGCCACCUCAGCAGCAGGGUCCCUCUCAACAGCAGCAGGGUCCGCCUCAUUCACAGACCUCCAGCUCGGUAUCCCCACAGUCAUCCCAGCAACCUUCGGGGCAGGGUCAGCCCUCACCCUAUUCUCAGACUCCUCCAUUGCAGUCCCAGCAACAGCAGCAGCAACAACAGUCACCCUUCCAACAUUUUCCACCACCACCACAGGAGCUGUCUCAAGACUCCUAUAGUUCCCAGUCAUCUACUCCUUCUUCCAACCAGCCAAUGGUGUCCAGUAAGAGUGGUCCAGAAGACAACAUGCAGGGACGACCUUCCAGCCUUCCUGACCUGUCAGGCUCCAUUGAUGAUCUCCCUACAGGCACUGAGGGUGCUUUAAGUCCGGGCGUGAGCACAUCAGGUGUAUCAAGCAGUCAGGGUGAACAAAGCAACCCAGCACAGUCACCCUUCUCUCCCCACACCUCCCCUCACAUGACGGGCAUCCGCAAUCCCUCGCCUUCACCUGUAGGAUCACCUGCAAGUGGACCCGCCUCACGCACAGGACCACUCUCCCCCGGAGCCAUGCCAGGAAACCAGAUGCCCCCCAGACCCUCCAGUGUGCAGUCAGAUGGCAUACUGCAUUCCUCAAUGGGUCAGGAUAGAGUAUAUGUGCGAACCCCUCAGAUGCCAUACGGCUCUCCUCAAUCAGGAUCAACUUUAUCCCCACGGCAAUCUUCUGGAGGUCAAAUGCAUGGUGGGAUUGUUACCUAUCCACAAAACAACUCCAUGGGCAACUAUGGACCACAGAGUGGCCAGUAUGGACCACAAGGUUACCCAAGGCCGCCAGCUUAUGGAGGUAUGCCCAAUGCGAACUACCCUGGUGGUACUGGAAUAGGCGGCACAAUGAAUCCUAUGGCAGGGCAGGGUGGAGGUGGGCCAUAUGCAGGAAUGCCUCCUGGAAGGAUGGGCCCGGGGCAGAUGGGGGCAAGGCCUUACGGCCCUGGCAUGGGCCCCAACAUGGGCGGAAUGCCCCCUCAGGCGACAACUGGGAUGUGUCCGCCACCUGGGAUAAACAGGAAGCCCCAGGAUCCUGCUGCAGCUGGCAUGCACCUCGGCCCAUCUAAUUCGAUACACAGGCCACCUGGUUAUCCCACCAUUGGUCAAGGCAUGAUGGGAGCUGGGUCUCCAUAUGCCCAACCCAUGAACAGCAUGCAAAACAUGAUGAACCAAGCGGGACAAUACCCAGUGCCUGGAAACAUCACCAAUAACUCUGCGGGCAUGGCUCCCAGUCCAGAGUUCGGCAUGGAAAAGCUCAACCCGUCUCAGAAGUUAAAUAACAAAGUGGACGGGACUCCUAAGACAGAAUCUAAAAAGAAGUCAAGUUCUUCUACCACCACCAAUGAAAAGAUCACCCGCCUAUAUGAGCUGGGACCAGAGCCGGAGAGAAAAAUGUGGGUGGACCGUUACUUGGCAUUUGCUGAGGAGAAAGCUAUGGGCAUGAGCAAUUUACCUGCGGUGGGCCGCAAGCCCCUUGACCUCUUCCGGCUCUACGUGUCUGUUAAAGAGAUUGGUGGCCUCACUCAGGUGAACAAGAACAAAAAGUGGAGGGAGUUAUCCACUAAUUUGAAUGUAGGGACAUCCAGCAGUGCCGCCAGCUCUUUGAAGAAGCAGUACAUCCAGUGUCUCUAUGCCUUUGAAUGCAAGAUUGAACGAGGAGAAGACCCACCGCCUGACUUUUUCAAUAGUGACCCUAAAAAGAACCAGGCCAAGGUUCAGCCUCCGUCACCAGCUGGAUCAGGAUCUUUACAGGGUCCUCAGACACCUCAGUCGACCAGCAGCUCCUUGGCUGAGGGUGGAGACCUGAAGCCCCCUACACCUGCAUCUACGCCUCACAGCCAGAUUCCCCCCAUGCCUGGUUCUAGAAGCAGUGUCAAUUUGCAGGAUCCAUUUGCUGACGGUGGGGACCCAGCAUUUUCCAGACGAAACUCUCUGACCCCAAAUUCAGGUUAUCAGCCUGGUAUGGGGGGGCCAGAUGUGAUGGGCCGCAUGGGACCUUAUGAGCCCAAUAAGGACCCUUUCAGUGGUAUGAGAAAAGCGGGUGAACAGUUCAUGACCCCAGGCCAAGGCCCAAAUAGUGGGAUGGGUGAGCAGUAUAACAGAGGCCCUCCAGGACCUAUGGGCAAUAUGCAGAUGGGUCAAAGACAACAGUAUCCAUAUGGUCCAGGAUUUGAUAGAAGAUCAGAUUCAGGUAUGUGCCCAGAUGGUAACAUGGGUCAACAACCGAACAUGAUGCCUUCUGUUGCAGAUGCAGGGAUGUACUCCCCCAACCGGCCCCCACAACAGCAAAGGCAUGAUUCAUAUGGUAAUCAAUACCCUGGCCAAGGGGCUCCACCUAGUGGAUCAUACCCAAACCAGCAGCCGGGAAUAUACCCACAGCAGCAACCGAAUUACACACAGAAGAGGCCAGUUGAGGGUGUUUAUGGACCUCCUGCAAAGCGUCAUGAAGGGGACAUGUACCCCUUUAGUGGUCAACAGCAAGGACCUCAAGCCCCAGGUGGACCCCAGUCCCAACCGGAUAUGUACAACCAGUAUAACACCUUUUCAGGCUCUGACAGACGCCAACCCGGCCCACAGAACCAGUUUCCCUUUGGUUUCGGGCGAGAUCGAGGGCCUAACACAGGUGGCCCAAACUCUCAGUCCUCCAUGGCUCCACAGAUGAUUGUUAGCUCCAUGCCAGCAGUUCCCGAUGGACCCCAAGGACCCAUGUGGCCAGGACGUAAUGAGAUUAACUACCCUAACUAUCACAAUCGUCAGGGCCCCCCUGGUGCCCACUCCCAGAACGCUAACUACCAUGGGAUGAAUCGCCCUGACGACAUGAUGCCUACGGACCAACGCAUGAAUCAUGAUGGAGCUUGGCCUAGCCAUGUCAACCAACGGCAGUCCCCAUAUGGGCCAGGAGCUACUGGUCCACCAAUGUCCAGACCUCUUCAGCCAAACUAUCAAACCCCCCAAAACCACAUUCCACAGGUGUCUAGUCCUGCACCCAUGCCAAGACCAAUGGAAAAUAGAACGUCACCCAGUAAGUCCCCAUACAUGCACCAGGCCAUGAAAAUUCAAAGGGCUGGACCACCAGUUCCUGCUUCACACAUUGCCCAGCCACCAGCGCAGCCCCCUCAAAUACGGAGAGAUGUGGCAUUCCCACCUGGUUCAGUAGAGUCCUCGCAGCCUAUUCUGAAACCACGUCGCCGACUUAACAUGAAAGAUAUCGGUACACCAGAGGCCUGGAGAGUCAUGAUGUCCCUCAAAUCAGGCUUGUUAGCCGAGAGCACUUGGGCCUUGGACACCAUUAAUAUUCUUCUAUAUGAUGACAACAGCAUUUCUACCUUCAGUCUGAACCAGCUUCCUGGCUUCCUUGAGCUCAUUGUUGAAUACUUUCGAAGGUGCCUUAUUGAGAUCUUCGGCAUCUUGAAAGAGUAUGAGGUUGGCGACCCUGGUCAACGUACCCUGAUUGACCCAGAUGCCAUGGACCUCGAGAUGUCUGAUGAGGAGGGGCUGGAGGCAGAACAGAUGGAGGAGGAGGAGGAGGAUGAUGAAGAUGUUGAAAACAGUAUAAAACAGUUGCCACAGGUUCAGGUCAAGCAGGAGAAAGAGGAGUGUGCACAGGUCCAAAAACCCAGCGACAGGCCUAAUCAAGUAGAGAGGAAUGGUGAGGAUACAUUAUGUAAAGAUCUUGUUAGAUCACCUACCCCAAUGCAGGAAAUAAGCGCCUCCAAGGAUAGGCCAAAACAAACUAGCAAAUUUGACAAGCUUCCUAUUAAGAUUUUGAGGAAGAAAGAUCCAUUUGUCAUCGGCCGCACUAGUCAACUGGGUCGGCGACAAGCUUUUGACAGCGGUCUGAUCCAUUGGAGUGUGGGUGGUGGCGAUACCACAGAGCACAUACAAACUCAUUUCGAGAGCAAGAUGAAACUGCUGAAGCAUCGGAAACAGGUGCCUGUGAAUAUUGAGUCACAUAAGAAGGUACUUCAAGUAGUGGAACCAGAUACAGAUGAUGCUGAGAAGGUUCCAACAAAUGAGCAGCUGCAGCCAUCCACUAAUCAAUUAUCAGAGAGCAAAAGCACUGCAACGGCGAGUACAUCAACGAGCAUAUCGGCCACCAUUGAUGACGUACUAUCAGCUCGGCAAGGCUCCAUGAACGAGGAAGCAGUUAGAGGCAAUCAGGAUACUGACAAGGAGAGAAAUAAGUUUCUUUUUGGCCUCGACCUUAAAAAACAAAGUUGUAAUAUAAGGAUUGUGGAGGACGAGCCACAUAGCAAGGAUGAGACUCCACUCUGUAUGCUCUCAGAUUGGCAGGAUGCCCUUUCCCGUCGCUGCAUCUGCGUUUCUAACAUCGUCCGCAGCCUUUCCUUUAUUCCCGGCAAUGAUCUGGAAAUGUCAAAGCAUCCUGGACUAUUGCUAAUACUGGGCAGACUGGUGCUCUUGCACCAUCGGCAUCCUGAACGCAAGCAGGCUCCAGUCACCUAUGAAAAAGAGGAGGAGGAGGAUGAAGGUGUCAGCUGUGAGCGAGACGAGUGGUGGUGGGAUUGCCUUGAGGUUCUGCGGGAAAACUGCUUGGUCACGUUAGCAAACAUCUCAGGCAAGCUGGACCUUUCCAUUUACCCUGAGAGUAUUUGCUUGCCCCUGUUGGAUGGCCUGCUCCACUGGGCUGUUUGCCCUUCAGCGGAAGCCAUUGACCCCUUCCCUACACUAGGGCUCAACGGAUCGCUGUCUCCCCAGAAACUAGUCCUUGAAACCCUCAGUAAACUUAGCAUCCAGGAUAACAACGUUGACCUCAUUCUGGCUACGCCGCCUUUCAGCCGUUUGGAGAAGCUCUAUGGCUCUCUCGUGCGCAUGGUCGGUGAUCGCAAAGUGCCCGUUUGCCGGGAGAUGGCAGUGGUGCUGCUAGCUAACCUCGCACAAGGUGACAGUGUCGCAGCCCGGGCUAUCGCUGUGCAGAAGGGUAGUGUCGGAAACCUUCUUGGCUUCUUGGAGGACAGUCUUGCAGCCACUCAGUUUCAGCAGAGUCAGGUCUCGUUGCUGCACUUGCAAGGUACGCACUUUGAACCCACUAGCAUGGACAUGAUGCGGCGAGCAGCGCGUGCGCUGCAUGCCUUUGCCAAAGUGGAGGAGAACCACUCAGAGUUCACGCUGUAUGAGUCACGGCUACUGGACAUAUCUGUAUCCCCACUCAUGAACUCUUUGGUGUCCCAUGUAAUCUGUGACGUACUGUUUUUGAUUGGCCAGUCAUGACAGCUGUGGGGUCGAUCGUGUUUUUCCCCACUCCUUUUUUAAUGUGUGUGUGUCUGCGUGAGUGGAGAAAAUUUUACGGCAAAACUUUACUUUUUUUAAUUUAUGCAAAAUCACCUCAAAUUCCACUAUCUAACCUUGCUUCGCUCCCGAGGAAGGAUAUACCAUCAAGUCGUAAUGAAUUUAUUGUGUAUGUAGUAAAACUAAUAUAGACAUGCUGAUUGAAAGACAGUGUGCGGCCCCUUUUAUACCGAAAAAUAUUCAAAAAGGAACAAAAACAAAACUUUAACCAAAGUUGCUGUCGUGUUUACAGUAAGUUUGGGAAAAAAUCAUGCCCGUGUUCAGGAUGAGGAUGGACAUGGACACCACCAUAAUCUGGUUCUUGGAGGCUAAACAGACUCGCCGACUUUAGUGUGUGUGGUAUAAAUUGCUGUAACUUGGAUUAUAUAUACUUAGCCCUAAAGGAACCAGGUCGUUGGCUGUGAACAGACAUGUAAAUGGGGGGCCUGUGCAGUAGAUUGUAGGACUUUUUCUGUACUGUACACUUUACAACUGUAAACAUACUGUAACAAUACUGUUUCACACUGAGAAAAUGCUGGCUUGGCAGCAAGAACUGUAGUUUUUAAAAAAUUUAGUUCAUGUUGAGAGAGAAAGAAACGGCUUCCCCCCAAAGUAACGUUAACCUACAACACCCCGACCUCUUUUUCCCCUCGAUUGUAUGACUUGACCUUUAAAGAAGUCACCUCUCGGACUGGUCUCCAGCUCUAGAUGCAGUCCAGGCUGCAGUGUAUAUAAUGAUGUUGUAAAUGACUUUUGCUUUUUUCUUUCUCUCUCAUCUUAUGGCGCUCUUCACCAUUUUUAAUCUUUGACAUAUUAAAGGUUUCACUCAACAGA